AAACUCUUCAGCAUCUAUGCUCCACAGUGCAUCUCCUUUGUGUGGCUGAUGCUGGCCGGCCUGUGCAGUGUGGUGGGCCAUGUGAGGAGCGGCCAGACCCUGCGCAUUGCUUGUGCUGUUGUGAAACAAUGGUUGGAAGGAGUCAAGGUUCACUUGCACUCCAGAAAGCAAUGCCCUUGGCCUGCCGCAGAGAAAGAGCAGAUCUAUCAGAAUCUUUACCAGCUCUUCUGCUCUGUGCUGAGCAACUGGCAGGACUGCAAGGAGGAAGAGGACAAACGGGCUGUCCUUGGGGCUGUGACUGCCAUGUUGACCGUCCUCCUGCAAGAGGAGCAGCAGCAAAAGCACGUCUGGGAGCAGGUCCUCUGGCUCGUGCACCAGUAUCAGGAGGCCCAAGACACCUGCGCGGUGACCAAGAGCCUCAAUAUCUUCCUGGAGGCCUUAGCGGGAGUUCAGUCCAUCAUCCCAGAGGACAAGUUUCUGGCCAUCACCAGUGCCGUGUUCUACCAGCUCUCUGACGACACCAAACAGCACAGCGAGGCUGACAGAGCAGAGCUGACCCACUGCAUCCUGCUGCAGGCACGAAUCUGCCCAGAGGAAACGGUCCUGUUUCUGCAGUUGCAGCUGGGCAGUCAGAGGAAGGCCAGUUGUGUGGCAGCCCUGGGUCUGUUUGGCGCUCUGGCUCGCUCUGAUGAGCCUGUCAUGACAGAGAAGCUGUCCCAGGUUGUGGAGGCUGCGCAGUGUCUGUGCAGUGACCCCAGUACCCAGGUGAGGAGGGCCGUGCUGCACUUCAUCAGGGAUGUGCUCAGCGCUAACGCCUGGAGCUGCUCAGCCUGGGAUGUGGUGGGGCACAUCUUCAGUGAGUUCAGCCGCACCACAGGAAGAAGGGCAGCCGGAGACCUUUCUGCCCAGGAAGCCCAGGAAGAAGGAGCACUCCAAGCGUUGUGCAUGGACAUCCUGGGGUCACUGGAUGUCUCCACGAGAGGGAUGACCAAACUCCUGUGGCCAAGGCUGCUGCUGUACGUGGUGCCAGCCCAGUACACCGGCAUGCUGAUCCCAGCCUCCCGCUGCAUCCGAGCCCUGGCUGAGAGAGGGGACCUGACGGUGCGGGACAUGGAAGAACUGGAUCCCCACUUCCUCAGCUCCAUGUUUCAAGGCCCACUGCUGACUCCCCAGAUACUGCUGGCACGUCUGCUGGUGGUGGCAGGGAGCCCUGUUGCAGGCAGCGAACUCCAAGCCGCUGCCUUGCUUCUCAUGCAAAACCUCCACAGCAAGAUCCACAGAGCUGUGGAGCCUGUGUGGGCUGCUGAGAUCCCUCUGCUGCUGCAGUGCCUCGAAGGGAAAGAUGAGAGCUUCACAGACUCUGCAGAGUGGGAGCCCCGUCUGCUAAAGUUUGUGAGGGCAUCACUGGACAUCAUGGAGGACGAGGCCUGGACCAUGGCCCUGAGCUGCGAGCUGAGCCGGCAGCUGAGCAGCUCUGCCAGCAGCUCUGGAGAAAAGACCUUCCUGUACAAGGCUCUGGGGACCGUUCUGGGAGCUUGUAAGGAAGUCCUC